AUAACCUACCAUAGUUCUGCCAAACGCUUCAAAAAAACCCUCGCCGGCGCAAUGGAGGCUCCGAAGCCCGACGGCGGCGGCGACGUCGCCGGCGCCGAGAGAGUGGAGAGGACAAAAUGGUUGUUGUCCGCUCCGGAAACGCCGCCGUUUUGGCGGCACGUGAUCGGCACGGUGAAGGGGGUAAUCUUGCCUCCGCCGGAGUCGAAGAAACAACGUUGGCCGAAUCGAAGUGUUAAGUUCUUAAAAGGAAUAUUUCCAAUUUUGGAAUGGGGGAAACAUUACAAAGCCGCCAAGUUUAAGAACGAUCUCCUUGCAGGCUUAACUCUUGCAAGCCUAUGCAUUCCUCAGAGUAUAGGCUAUGCAAAUCUGGCAAAGUUGGAUCCACAAUAUGGCUUGUACACAAGUGUAGUUCCACCGCUAAUAUAUGCUGUAAUGGGGACUUCGAGAGAGAUCGCCAUUGGCCCGGUGGCGGUGGUCUCGUUACUCCUCUCGGCUAUGAUUUCCAAAGUGGUCGACCCCUCCGUCGAUCCCACAACUUAUCGGCGCGUUGUUUUCACCGUCACUUUCUUCGCUGGUGCCUUCCAAUUGCUAUUUGGACUACUCAGGUUGGGGUUUCUGGUCGACUUUCUGUCACAUGCCGCGAUAGUAGGGUUCAUGGGAGGAGCAGCCAUUGUAAUAGGGCUGCAGCAGCUCAAGGGCUUGCUUGGGAUCGACCAUUUUACUACAAAUACCGAUGUUGUCUCUGUUCUUUCGGCUGUUGUCGAAGCCCUCCAUCACCAAUGGAGUCCUUUCAAUGCGAUCCUCGGUUGUUCCUUCCUCAUCUUCAUCCUCGUCGCCCGUUUCAUUGGGCAAAGGAAGAAGAAGAAGCUGUUUUGGGUUCCGGCGAUAGCGCCGCUUGUAUCGGUGGUGCUGGCGACGGUAAUAUCAUACGCGACGAAAGCAGACAGGCAUGGUGUGAAGAUUGUGAAGCACUUCAAAGGUGGUCUGAAUCCAUCUUCUGUCGACCAGCUCGACUUCGGAGCAUCCCAUGUCGGAGCAGCUGCCAAAAUUGGCUUCAUCUGUGCCCUAAUUGCACUCACUGAAGCUAUUGCAGUGGGAAGGUCAUUUGCUUCGAUGAAAGGAUACCAUUUGGAAGGGAACCAGGAAAUGGUUGCUAUGGGGUUUAUGAACCUUGUUGGCUCUUUAACUUCUUGCUAUACAGCCACAGGUUCAUUUUCAAGAACCGCGGUGAACUACAGUGCCGGAUGCGAGACCGUCGUUUCUAACAUUGUAAUGGCGACGACAGUGCUCAUAUGCCUUCAGUUCUUUACUCGGCUUUUGUAUUACACGCCUAUCGCCAUUCUUGCCUCUAUUAUCAUGUCGGCAUUGCCUGCACUUGUCGACUGGCACGAAGCUUACAACAUUUGGAAAGUCGAUAAACUCGACUUCCUUGUCUGUGCGGCCGCCUUCCUCGGUGUCUUAUUCGGAUCUGUCGAGAUUGGCCUCGUCGUUGCGGUGGUGAUCUCAUUUGGGAACAUAAUUGUGACAUCCUUAAAACCUAGUACAGAAGUUCUUGGUCGGCUUCCCGGCACCGAUGUCUUUUGCAGCGUUGUCCGCUACCCGAUGGCCACAACUGUGUCCGGCAUUUUAAUCUUGCGGAUAAAUUCCGCUGCUCUUUGCUUUGCAAAUGCCAGUUUCAUCCGAGAAAGGAUACUUAGAUGUGUGGAAGAUGAGAAAGAGGAUAUUGAGAAAGGCAGCAAAGGGGGACUUCAUGUUUUGGUUCUUGACAUGACAAAUGUAAUGAAUAUGGACACAUCUGGUCUCUACACAAUGGUAGAAGUGCAUCAAAAGCUGUCUGCCCAAGGCAUACAGGUGGGAGUAGUGAACCCUAAGUGGCAAGUACUGAACAAAAUGAGGGCAGCAAAAUUUGUGGAUAAGAUUGGGAAUGAUUGGAUAUUCGUGUCCGGAGCCGACGCCGUCGACGCAUCUCUCUGUCAUAAAUUACCGGGCGGCGCUCAUUAAUAUCUCUCAAUCUACGUAUUUAUUACAUCCAUGCAUGCAAUGCACGUGCCUCAUAUAUAUAUCAUAAAUAAUCCUCAAACAAUCUCCGUAUAUAUAUAUAUAUAUAUAUAUUUGUGUGUAUCAUAUAUAUAUAUAUUUUGUUUAGACGAUGAAAGGUGAAAUUCCGCCGGGCCCUACAUCUCGGCCCGAUAAUGAAUGGGAGGAUUUGAAUCGGGCCGAGAGUAAGCCCGUUCAAUAUUGGAGAAAAAAACUCUAUUAUGUGUGGGUGUAUUUUAAAAGAAAACCGUAUAAUUUGUGAAUCGGUAAUGAAUGUGUGUAUGA